CUGAGAUCUACCAAAAAAAAAAAAGAAAAAAGAAGAAAAAUGUUGGAGCUGUUUUUCACGAUAGCGUUCUCGGCGGCGCCGUUAACGCUGUACAUACCUCCGAUAAGAUGUUUGACGAUGUUCGUGGAGACGAUGGAGGAGAUGGGGACGGAAGGUAGGGUUUAUAGCAGGAGAGUCUUCCCUCGCGCCAGAACUGCCUGGACUCGCCUUCUCGAUUGCUUCUUUUCCUCUUCUCCUCCUCCUCCUCCUCCUCGCCGUCCUUAAAAUUUAAUUUACUCAACUACUGUAUUUGAAUAGAUGGACAUUUCUCUAGUCUUUUGAUCUCAGAACUUAAAGGAUCUAUCUCGUGUAUGUUGGCUGUUUCUAGUAGGAGAAAGAGCUGGAAGAAGAAUAUGAGAUUUACAUACCGUAGAGUUUGGUCCUCUUAAGGGCUUCAAAGAAGCUGUCCGGUAGAAGCAUUAGUGGGUUUUGUUCUUAUUUGCUGCAACACCACUGCCUCAUGUCCUUUUUGUUCUUUACAUUCUCCAGUUCUAAAAGAGUUGUAGGAAUGUUCUCCGCAUCAUCCACUCUCCUGAAAAAUAAAAUCCGAAUAUCACAGUA